GCAUUCCAGGACGAGCAGAAUGAAGGACAUCAUGGCGAACAGCAGCACCACCAGCGUCUCCCAGGCCCGGAAAGCCGUGGAGCAGCUCAAGAUGGAAGCCUGCAUGGACAGGAUAAAGGUGUCCAAGGCCGCGGCGGACCUGCUGGCCUACUGCGACGCCCACCUCCGGGAGGACCCCCUGAUCAUCCCGGUGCCCGCCUCCGAAAACCCCUUCCGAGAGAAGAAGUUCUUCUGUACCAUCCUCUGAGCCCGGCGGGGACGAAAACGACUCCGUCGCCCGCCCGGGGAGAGCCGGCGGGGCCCGUGCAUGCUUGUAGCCUUAGAGGACCGGGUCCUCCUCCCCUUCCCCCUCCUCCGCACGCCCCGGCCCGGGCGCGGCCGAGCCGCCGGUGUUGGCACAGCCCCGGGCCCAUGGGUCCGGCGGGCGGGGGGCGGGGGGCCGCCCGGGGAGUA